CAAUAAAAUAAUUUCUUAUCAUUUUUCAACAUUUGUGUGUUCAAAAUGAUGGUUUCUUGGAAAUUGUGUUUAAUUCUAACUGGUCUGGUUAAUGUAUUUCUUACAAAAAGCUUUACUCGAACGUUUUCACAAAAGUUUGUGAACGUUUCGAUAUCCGAUGAUUGCGAGACAACUGAGGAAUCAGAACGAAUUUUCGGAUAUCGCACGAAUUUCUAUUCGGAUGACACUGGAAAUGUCUUCUGUUUUCGGAAAAAAGAUGGAUCAAUACGGAUGAGUUCCACGUCGCGGUUUUUCGAAGAUCCACGAUUCAUGUGUUCAAAGGGUUCAAUGGAUUGGUAUAGAGGAAAGAAAAACGUGGAUUUUAAAGAUCGUCCCUGCCUAUUCUGGUCAAGUAUUCCUAACUCAACAUUCGAUAUAUCGGACAGCUCCAGCUCAUCUUACAGUAUGAAUCGAAUAUUACCAGAUGAAUAUGAAAACUUUUGCCGUAACCCGGAUAAGAAUCCAUUAGGACCAUGGUGUUACGUUGGAAAUGAUACUACAGCUCCGUGUUUUCAACCAUGUCGUCCUUCAACUGAAACAUCAUCAGAUUUUGUAUGCUUGAAUCGAGAUGGCUUCCCGUAUACUGAUUAUGAUAUGUCUGAUAUUCUCGAUCUUCCACAGUUGAUUGGAAUAUUUAAAGAUGUUGAUUUAAUGUAUGAGUCGAGAUUUGUUCUGCCAAGUUUGCCAGAUGGAGUUCAGAGAUUAUCUACAAAGAGCUGCAUAAACAAAGGACACAUUGCAAACCACUUUGGACCUUGGAUAGCUGUUCUCGAUCAGACUGCAACCCAAUUUCUGGCUGCCGCUGGAAGGAGAAAACUUCGAGAUCUAUGUUUUCCGAGUUUUAAUGAACAUGAAAUAUUCACGUAUCAACAAGGAAUCUUACUCGAUGCAAUAAUUGAAGAUGAACUGACAAUAUCUGGAUGUACAUUCUGGAGACGAUGCUUCUCAUCAUGUCAAGAUGACUUGGCAACUUGUUGGCUGAAAUCUCAAAAAGGAUAUUUUGGGUCAAAAGCUACCAGUGUCAGUGGGAAACAGUGUAUUCCAUGGACUCAAGCCACGUCGGAAAUAUUGAGUAUGGUCAAAGUGAAUUCCACGUCAUCAGGUGUCUAUCAUAUGUACCAUCGGCUUCUUUUUGAGGAUCCCAGUCAAUUUUUCACUGAAAGUAGACUUUUCAUGAAUACUGAAGCCUCUUGUAUGCUUCUGAACCGGAGAAACUCAGUGGAAGUUAAGAAUUCAUACAAAGAAUCACCAUUUUUUACGAACGAGAAAUUGGUUUCGGAAUUUGAAAAAUUAUUCCAACAAGGUCCUGGAUGCUUUGUCAAACAGAAUAAAACUAUCGAAUUCCAAUCAUGCUACACCGAAUGUGAAUCAGAAAAGAAGCCUACAUUGACAAAACCACUCUGUUUUGAGAAAAAUCGAUAUUCGAUCUGCAAGCCGAAAAGAAGUGGUGAUUGGUUGAAGCGAGGAAGAAAAGUUGACUAAAUUAUUUUCAUGAAAAUAAAUUAUUUUCUUGA